AUGAGUAAACCGAUAGGAGCAAAGAAAGUAAAAUCGGCCUUAACGAAGCCGAAAGCUGUUUUUACAUUUGCAUUGAGCGAGGAACGUAAGAAGCGGAUCGCCGCCCGGACUCGCCAACUGAACAUACCUGUACCGAUUGAUUUGGAGUUGUUGAUCGAGGAGAGAAUCAAACAUCUGAAGGAUAACAGUUUCGUGUUCCUGACUUACGCGUACUCCAAAAACAGUGAACACUUUACACCGUAUAGUUUUCUGGAGGUACCCUUUAGCAAGGCGGACAAGCAUGAAUAUUUCACCGUUAGCCGCCACGGAGUCACGUUCUGGAGUGAUGCGGAAAAUCAUUUUACCGAGCUCGACGGCUGGCUAUCGGACUAUCGCAAGUACCGUAAGCUUACGGAGUUGGGUUUUUUCAAGCAUUAUCGACGCGCGAAAGCAUUUCGUCUCUGGCUGCGCAACAUCCAGUGGUACAAGUAUGAGAACGCACGCCAAAAGAUUGCUGCCAGCGCUUUCGUGGUGCUACCGCGUUUGGCCAGGGCACUGUUAACGAUGCAGGACGAGUUUGUGCAGCUUGUUGGGUUCCGGUUUUUCGACGUGUCCGUUUCGGAAAAUUGGCAUCUGCCUUACUUUAUCGAAACGCAGAUGACCACCUUUGAGCAGGUGCGAGAUCUACUGCAACAGCUGAGGGAAAAGAUGCGUACGGUGCUGUUUGAUGCAUGCUGCAAUACACUCGUCGAUCGAGGCUUUUCGCCCCAAGACGAGGCGAUAAAUGUCACCAAUAAGAAGAAAUUGAAGGACAUGAUGAGCUUCACCGAGCGUGCGAAUAAGCGGAAGCUGUGCGCUUUAUUGGCCCGCUUUCUUGCAUGUGCGGAUCAGAUGAUGAUCACGUUGUUGCAUCAAAUAUUGCGUGAGUCGUUUAAAAAUUUGGCUAACGUGUUUUUGAGCUUUAUGGAAGGUGGACCAUUGAAUGAAGACACGCGAUGUUUAAAACCACCAUUUAUGAACGUGGAACUGGUACUGAAACCGACGCACAUCGAUCUCGAUCCUUCGCGCGAUGUAGCCAAACGAAUGCUGGAGGACUUGAGCAAUCUGGUCAUGCGAACGGUUUACAAAAUAGAUCGCUUUCAAAGUGACACGUAUUUCGACAUCUACACCGAACCAACCAUUAUGGGAAGAAAAGAAGACAGACUGUGUGGAAAUCCACCCAGCCUUGAUUUCAUCAUUAGAAACGAUAUGCAACUCUCGGAUGAUGUGAAAACCAUAUUCGAUGGUAUUGCCGAGGCGUACAACAAUGUCGACCGGUACGUCGUGCAGUUCGAUCGAAUUCGCUUAUCCUACCAAGAAAAUCUUGCUGUCGAUCAUAACGUCAUCAAGGGUGAAACGAAUCUGGAAGUUCUUAAGAUGUACUGCGAACGGUUUAGCAAUCAGAUGACGGAGCUUGAAAAGAUCCAAGAGUCGCAUCCGUUGGGUCUACUGCAGGUGAAGCAGGUUGCGUUCCGGGAAGAGAUUACACCCAUCUGCCAGCAGCUGCUAGCGGUACUGGACGAAACCAUUCCACGGUUGGCAAUGGAGAAAAUCAACUACGUCGAGCAGAAGGGGGAAGAGUUGCAGACAAAGCUGCUGAUUGUGCCGGAAGAAACGAAUCACUACAUUUACUACUUUAAUCAUUUGGAAGUUUGCCACGAGCAUGUAGCGAGCCUGCAAAAAGAGCUAAACUAUGCGUAUGAAGCGUUGAAAAUUAUGAAAAACUAUCAUGUCACCUUUUCCGACGAAGACAAAGACAAAUAUCUGGACAUGGAAGAAUUUCUGAGCGAAAUAAGCAUUACACUGGAAAGUAAACGGGCACAAAAGCAGGAUCUGAUCAAUAAAUUUGAUCUCUGUCUGCAAGCGGAUAUUACAAAAAUAUUCUCCGAAGUCGAAGACAUCCACGAAGAAGUGCUAAAGGAAUGGUUACUCGAUUUGGGAUCCGAUCCGGCCCAGGUUCGCGACUGCUUGAUUGAUUUGUCCGAGCGUUUGACCAUGUGCCAGCGAAAGGCACAGGAGUAUAAAAAAUAUCAGAAGGAAUUUCGCCUCGAGGUGACCCGGUUCGAGAAGCUGGAUCAGGUCAUUAAUGAGGUUAAGUUGCGCCAGAUCCUGUGGGACAGUGUGCAGCAGUGGAAAGAAUCGGUAGAAAUAUGGAACGAAAUACACUUUCACGAGCUGAGCAUGGACGAGGUGGAAGCGCUCAACACCAAGAUCCUGAAAAACUGUGCCAUGCUCGACAAGAAUCUGCCAAAAAAUGAUAUUAUUCCAAAGCUAAAAGCGGAAGCGGAAGAAUUUAAGGACAAGAUACCUGUGCUUGGCUUUUUGCGCAAUCCGGCACUGAAGACCCGGCACUGGAUCAAGAUCGAGCAGAUACUGAACCGGCAUCUCGCGGAGGAAACCGAAAUCUAUCUGCAUACGUUUGAGGAUGCGAACGCAUUCGAGGAGGACAUAGCGGCCGAGCUGAUGGAAGUAUCGAACAUGGCCAGUGCCGAAGCUGGGCUAGAAACGUUGCUUAACAAGGUGGAAAAUGCAUGGAAAGAGCUGGAACUGACCGUGAUCAGCCAUCGAGAUCAUCGGGAUGUGUUCGUGCUGGCGAGUAUUGACGAAAUUCAAACCGUGCUGGAUGAGUCCAGCAUUAACGUGAGUACGGUGGCCGCUUCGAGACAUGUGGGUCCCAUCAAGCCGAAGGUAGACGAUUGGGUAGCCCAGCUGGAUCUUUUUUCGCGCACACUCGACGAAUGGAUGCUGUGCCAGCAGUCGUGGAUUUAUCUGGAGGCAAUAUUUUCUGCCCCCGACAUCCAGCGCCAGCUACCGCACGAAACACAAAUGUUCCUGCAGGUGGACAAGGCAUGGAAAGAUCUGAUGCGCCGCACACAGAAAGCUCCACUUGCCUUGGGUGCAAUGACGGCGGAAGGUGUGCUGGAGCAGCUACAAAUUAAUAACGGUUUGCUGGAAAAGGUUACCCGCUGUUUGGAGGCAUACCUGGAGGUGAAGCGUAUGGCGUUUCCAAGAUUUUACUUUUUGUCCAAUGAUGAGUUGCUGGAAAUAUUGGCCCAGACGAAGAACCCGUACGCCGUGCAGCCUCACCUUUCCAAGUGCUUUGAUGCGAUUGCAAAGAUUGAGUUUGGCAAGAAAAAAACCGAAACUGGAGAAUCGGUAAUGACGAACGACAUUAUCGCCAUGAUCUCGCCGGAAGGUGAACGUCUCACGUUCGGUGUCGGUCUGAAAGCACGUGGCGCGGUUGAAGAUUGGCUGUCGAAGGUGGAAGAAGCUAUGUUUUUGGCAGUAAAGCGAUACAUGCGUCAUGGUAUUCGCGUUUAUGGGUUGAAGGAUCGUUCCUAUUGGAUGCAGGAGCACCCGAAUCAGGUUGUGCUAACCAUUUCUCAGCAACAGUGGGCCGCAGACGUGCACAACAUUCUUGACGGAGAUAGUGGCAACGUAGAUAAAGGAAUGGAAGAAUUUCAUGGGCAGUUGACGAAAAACUUAACCGUUCUUGCUGCGAUCGCACGUACCAAAAUUUCCAAACUCGUACGAAAGGUGCUGUGUGCGCUGAUCACGAUCGACGUGCAUGCGCGCGACAUGAUCGCAGGAAUGAUCGCGAAAAGGGUCCAAAAAGCCACGGAUUUCGAAUGGUUAAAAAUGCUACGCUACUACUGGAUGUCAGAAACAGAGCUGGUGGAAACAAAGAUGGCAUCAGCAAAUCUGCCCUAUUUCUACGAAUAUCUCGGUGCGGGAGGAGUGCUGGUAAUUACACCGCUUACCGAUCGGUGCUACCUUUGCUUGAUGGGUGCACUGCAAAUGGAUCUCGGUGGUGCACCAGCAGGACCUGCCGGCACGGGAAAAACGGAAACAACCAAAGAUCUAGCGAAGGCACUUGCCAUCCAGUGUGUGGUGUUUAAUUGUUCCGAUGGGUUGGAUUACAAAAUGAUGGGUCGAUUCUUUACCGGGCUGGCCCAAUCAGGCGCCUGGUGCUGUUUCGAUGAGUUCAAUCGAAUCGACAUUGAGGUACUGUCAGUCAUUGCACAGCAGUUGAUUACUAUACGCAAUGCAAAGGCUUCCAAAAUGAAGCGUUUCCUCUUUGAAGGACGUGAAAUACGACUGAAACCUUCGUGUGCCGCUUUUAUCACAAUGAAUCCGGGGUACGCGGGAAGAACGGAGCUGCCCGACAAUUUAAAGGCUUUGUUUCGACCGAUAUCGAUGAUGGUGCCGGAUUAUGCCCUCAUCGCCGAGGUGAUCCUGUACUCGGAAGGGUUCGAGGGAUCGAAGAUACUGGCCAAGAAAAUGGUGCAAAUGUACAAACUGUGCAGCGAGCAGCUUAGUCAGCAGGAUCAUUACGAUUUUGGUAUGCGCGCGGUAAAGAGUGUCCUCGUGAUGGCAGGUGCAUUGAAGCGUGCUUCACCCGAUCAGCGGGAAGAUGUGACUCUUAUUUCUGCGUUGCGUGACUCCAAUUUACCAAAGUUUCUAGCUAACGAUGCAGUUCUUUUUAAUGGCAUACUUAGUGAUCUGUUUCCGGGCGUAGAUUUGCCCGAACCAGAACGGGGAGAAUUACAGCAAGCAAUCGAGCAGUGUAUGAUUGAUCGCAAUCUUCAGCCAGUUCCGGAGUUGGUGUUGAAAACGCUCCAGCUCUACGAAACGAUGGUGGUUCGCUGGGGUGUCAUGUUGGUUGGUCCUACUGGUAGUGGUAAAACGACAGUACUUCACAUACUGGCCAAUGCAUUCGAAAAGCUGCACGCCGAAGAAAUUCCAGGCCCACUUUAUCGUCCAGUGCGCAUACAAACACUUAAUCCUAAAGCGAUUUCAAUGGAUGAACUGUAUGGCUUUGUAAAUUUAGCUACAAUGGAAUGGCGCGAUGGAUUACUUGGCUUAGCUAUAAGAUCUGCUGUGACCGUAACUGACGAAAUUCACCAAUGGGUUGUCUGUGAUGGGCCAGUCGAUGCGGUUUGGAUCGAGAAUCUUAACACGGUGCUGGACGACAACAAAAUGCUGUGUUUGGCCAACUCGGAACGCAUCAAACUAACGAGCUGGGUGCACAUGGUGUUCGAGGUCCAGGAUCUAGCGCAAGCCUCACCAGCCACCGUUUCCCGGUGCGGUAUGGUGUACAUGGAUCCGGUACACCUCGGAUGGACAUCGAUAGUGAAAUCGUGGCUCAAUUCAGUCCAACAUCUUCAUCUUGACGGUGAUUUGAAAUCACACGUACUGUCGUUGUACGAGCGACACUAUGAAAACGUUACGAAAUUUCUACAUCGCAAUUGCAAAUGGAGCAUUCAUCAGGUGAACAUCAGUAAGCUGACGAUGAUGACCAAGCUGCUAUAUUUGCUGCUGCAGGAAACGCAAGGAUUGCAUCUGAUGGAGCGCGGAGAAGCGAAGAAUUACAUUUUUAAAAUGUUCACCUGGAGUAUGCUCUGGUCUUUUGGUGGAAAUUUGCUUGAUGAUUCAAAGGCACAGUUCGAGCAGUACUAUCGGACACUACAGCACGAAGAAGAAGUAGGACUUUUGCCGAAGGAUACGCUAUGGGAUUUUCGCAUAAACACGAAAACUCGCACCUGGGAAAGCUGGAACGCAAUCCAUCCCAAGUUUGUCUAUAAUCCAUCGGUGCCCUAUUUCGAUCUGCUAGUUCCAACGCUCGACACAACUAAAUAUGGUUUUGUGGCGGAAAUGCUACUCCAUCACCAGUAUCCGGUAAUGUUCACCGGUGAUACCGGUGUUGGAAAGUCGGUGCUUGCCCGCGAGAUACUUAACCGGCUGAUGCAACGUGAUGUGAUACCGAUCUUUGUUAAUUUUUCCGCACAAAGCGAAAGUGCACGCACGCAAGAGAUUAUAGAAUCACGGCUAGAACGACGCAAAAAGACCCUUCUGGGGGCACCGAUCAAUAAAAAGAUCGUAGUUUUUAUCGACGACGUCAACAUGCCGAAGCUGGAUCGAUAUGGAAGUCAACCACCGAUCGAGUUGCUGCGCCAGUUUGCCGACUUCCGAGGGUUGUACGAUCGCGAAAAAAUGUACUGGAAGGAUAUUGUUGACGUAACACUUGGUGCUGCCUGUGCACCACCGGGUGGUGGCCGUAACGUACUGACGGCAAGAUUCAUUCGCCAUUUUGCACUGUUCUCGUUUCCCUCGCCAAACAGUGACACACUGAAGACCAUCUUUAAAGCCAUUUUGGCCGGUUUCUUGAAUGAAUUCAACAUGGCCAUACGUCCACUGGCUGACCCUAUCGUCGAGACAGCUGUGGCAGUUUAUGAGCGUAUAUCAGCAGAAUUGCUACCAACGCCUAAGAAGUCGCACUACGUGUUUAAUCUGCGAGAUCUGUCCAAAUGUGUGCAGGGAGUGCUGCAGGCCGACUCGUCGAGCUACAUUAAUCCGAUUCAGCUGAUGCGACUGUUCUAUCACGAAUCAUUGCGCAUAUUUUACGACCGGCUGAUUAAUGAGGAGGACAAACUUUACUUUAAACAGUUGCUGCAGGACUGCUGUGAAAAGUUUUUUGAAACGACCGUUGUACAGCCGGAGGAAACCAUCAUGUUUGGCGACUUUAUGGUGUUUGGACAGGCGGCUGAAGAUCGCGUGUACGAAGAGAUCAAGGAAAUGAAGAAGCUUAAAUCGAUCUUGGUGGAUUAUUUGGAAGAUUAUAACGGCACAGUUGGUACGGAGAUGAAUCUGGUGUUUUUUGCCGAUGCGGUUGAACAUAUUGUUCGGCUGGCACGAUUGCUACGUUCAGAAAGAGGUAACGGGCUGCUUGUCGGAGUGUCCGGCAUGGGCAAGCAAAGCCUGGCGAAGUUAGCAUCGCACAUCAACGGAUAUCAAUGUCAUCAGAUUGCUCUGCGUCGAGGUUACGAUCACAGCUGCUUCCAUGAGGAUCUGCGUCGUAUUUAUUGGAUUGCCGGGGUGCUCAACAAGCCAACUGUGUUUCUUAUUACCGAUACGCAAAUCGUUCAUGAAGCAUUCAUGGAAGACAUCAACAAUAUUCUGAAUUCAGGUGAAGUGCCCAACCUGUUCGAGGGUGACGAAUAUGAGAAAAUAAUUCUGAACUCCAGACAACCGUGCAUUGAGAGCGGAUAUCCGAAUCAAACGCGCGAUGGCAUAUUUGAGUUCUUCAUCAAGCGAGUGAGAGCUAAUCUGCACGUGAUUAUGUGUAUGAGCCCGGUGGGCGAUACGUUCCGCGGUCGAUGUCGUAUGUUUCCUUCGCUUGUGAACUGCUGUACGAUCGAUUGGUUCGUGAAGUGGCCGGCCGAGGCGUUACGCAGUGUGGCGAUCGGUUCGUUGAAAGAUGUCUCCGAUAACGAGGUACAGUGCAAACAUUUGGCCCAAAUCUGCGUCAUGAUACACGAAAGCGUGGAAAGCAUUUCGGAACGAUUCUAUCGCGAAAUGCGCCGCCAUUAUUACACCACUCCAAGCAGCUACCUGCAGCUGUUGAACCAGUACCGUGUACUGGUCCAGAAGCGCAUCGAUUCGAUCGUACAGAAGAAGGAUCGCAUCGCAAAUGGGUUGAGCAAGAUUCUCGAGACGAACCAGGUGGUGGCAGAGAUGGGUGAAGAGUUGAAAAAGUUUGUCCCGAUACUGGAGGAAAAGUCGAAAAACAUGAAAGAGUUGCUAGCGAAACUGGACAAGGACAAUGCGAUGGCCGAAAGUGUGAAGAAGAGUGUGGCGAAGGAUGAGGCUGAGGCUAAAAUUAAAGCAACCGAAACGCAGGAAAUAGCUGAUGAGGCGGCGAAGGAUUUGGAGAUUGUAAUGCCAACGCUGCAGGCGGCGCAGGAUGCACUCAAAUCGCUCAACAAGAAUGACAUCAACGAGCUGCGCGUGUUCCAGAAGCCACCGAAGUUGGUACAGUUUGUCAUGGAGGCCGUUUGCAUUUUACUCGGAGCAAAACCCGACUGGAACACAGCUAAAGUGGUGAUGUCAGAUGUUAACUUUUUGAAAAAAUUGGAGGACUACGAUAAGGAACACAUAUCUGAAGCUAUCAUCAAGAAAAUUAAAACAUACGUUGAACACAAGGAUUUCCUACCAGCGACUAUUGAAAAAGUGUCGAAAGUAGCCAAAUCGAUGUGCCUGUGGGUAAUUGCUAUCGAAAAGUAUGCCAAAAUCUACAAAGUAGUAGAACCAAAAAUCAAACGUCAAAAGGCAGCUGAACAGGAGCUUGGCGAGGUAAUGCAACUGCUCAAGUCGAAGCAGAGCGAGCUGGCGGAAAUUGAAGCCAAAAUUACAAUGCUCAUGGCAAACUUGGAAGAGAAGAAGCGCGAAAUGAAGCUGUUGCAGGAUCACAAUGAUCUGACAAGCGCGCGUUUAAAUCGUGCCGGUCGGCUAACGUCCGCCCUGGCCGACGAGGAAGUACGUUGGCGGGAAACGGUAAAGCAACUGACGGCGGAACACUUUGCCGUACCGGGGGAUGUACUGGUGGCGUCCGCAUACGUUGCCUAUCUGGGUGCCUUUCCAAUCGACUAUCGCCGUACACUGUCCGAAAUUUGGGUAUCCGAGUGUAAGCGUUUGAACAUCCCGAGCAGUCCCACAUUUAAUCUUGUGCAAAUUCUCGGCGAUUCGUAUCAGAUACGCCAGUGGAACAUGUACGGGCUGCCGCGAGAUGAAAUAUCUGUCGAGAAUGGUAUUAUCGCGACGGAAGGUGGUCGCUGGCCGCUGAUGAUUGAUCCGCAAGAGCAAGCUAACCGCUGGAUACGCAAUAUGGAGUCACGAAAUGAGCUGCGCAUAAUCAAGCUGACCGAUGGAAAUAUGAUGAGAAUAUUGGAAAUUUGCAUUCGGCAAGGUUUUCCUAUGUUGAUCGAAGAUGUUCAGGAAACCUUGGAUCCGGUUCUGGGAACGGUUCUGAUGAAACAAAUAUUUCUACAAAAUGGACGACUCAUGAUCAAAUUGGGCGACGUCGAUGUGGAUUAUGAUUGUAACUUCCGGCUUUACAUGACUACGAAGCUCCCGAAUCCACACUUUCUACCCGAGAUUUGCAUUCAAGUUAGUUUGGUGAAUUUCCUUGUCUCGAGAAGCGGUCUGGAAGAUCAACUGUUGGCAGAGAUCAUCAAGAUCGAGUUACCGGAAAUGGAGAGGCAGCGUAACGAUCUCAUCACCACCAUCAAUGCAGACAAGCAGCAAUUGCUGCUGCUUGAAGACAAAAUCCUCAAAGUGCUGUACAGUUCCCAAGGCAAUAUUCUCGAUGAUGAGGAGCUGGUAGAAUCGUUGAACGAAUCAAAAGAAAUGUCUACCAUCAUUGCCGAUCGACUCAUCGAAACGGAGCGCACGGAACUGAAUAUUGCAGCCACGCGCGAAAAGUAUCGCGUGUUGGCGGCGCGUGGCGCAAUUCUUUACUUUGUCGUGGCCUCACUGUCCGAAAUUGAUCCGAUGUAUCAGUUCAGUUUGCGCUACUUUACCCAAGUGUACUGUUCUGUGGUAGAGCAGCCACAUGCACGGAUGGACCUACCGGAACGGCUCGCAACACUGCUUGAGGCGAUUACCUUCACCGUGUUUGCAAACAUUUGUCGGGGACUGUUUGAGAAACAUAAGCUCAUCUGUGGAUUUCUGGUUGCAUUUGCCAUCUGCCGGGAGGCGCAACAGUUUUCCGAUGAAGAGUUUAGCUUUAUCGUUCGCGGACCAUCGCAGCGUAAGUUUUCCCUCGAAGGAAAGCCACCGUUUCUGACCGAUAACCAGUGGAUUGCUUGCUGCUUUCUGGAGGUGUACGAUUCCAUUAAAUUUGCUGAUCUCACCAAACAUCUGCACCGGUCGUUGAUUAUCCGUAUCGAGGAUUUCCAGGAGGAUCUUUGUCUUGCACCCAUUCCCGAAUCGGUAGAGAUUGAUUGGAACGCACGGCUAUCGGUAUCGGAGAAGCUUAUGCUUGUGGCGGCGCUUAAGGACGAAUUUCUGGUGAUCGCCGUUACGGAGUUUAUUCGCCAUUCGCUGGGGAAGCGCUACACAGAGCCACCGAAAAAUACCAGCCUGGCGUCACUGUACGCGGACAUAUCGCCAACCAUUCCGCUUGUUUUUGUACUGUCAGCAGGAUCAGAUCCCAUGACUGCAUUGAUUAAAUUUGCUCAAGAACGUGACUGCGUUGAGCGACUGCACUCAAUUUCGCUCGGUCAGGGUCAGGGUCCAGCGGCAGAAGCUUUAAUCGACGCUGGAAUUCGAGGCGGACAUUGGGUGUUUUUACAAAACUGUCACCUUGCAACGUCCUGGAUGGAAGCGAUGGAGAAAAUCGUGAACCGGAUCGCGAUGGGAUUGCAAACAGUUGAGGCCAACUUCCGAUUGUUCCUAUCGUCCAUGCCUGUGCGAACAUUUCCGAUCAGUGUGCUACAGAAUUCGGUUAAAGUAACAAACGAACCACCGAAGGGAUUACGUUCAAAUCUCGUCCGUUCACUGACCGAGUUGGACCGCAGCUGGUUCGAGUUUCACGUGCUCGGAUCACAAUGGCGUGCGCUCGUUUUUGGGCUCUGCAUGUUCCACGGCGUUAUACUGGAACGGCGCAAGUUUGGUCCGCUUGGAUGGAACAUAACGUACGAGUUUAGUGAAAGUGAUCGCGAAUGUGCCCUCCGAACGCUGGAUAUCUAUUGCGAUCGGGAGCAAAAGGCACAGAUACCGUGGGAUGCGCUCGAAUACAUUAACGGAGAGAUAACGUAUGGCGGGCGCGUAACGGACGUAUGGGACCAACGGUGCUUGCGGGCCGUACUGAAACGCUUUUCCUCCCCACUGAUUCUGACCGACGGGUAUAGCUACAGUGGAAGUGGAUUAUACCACUGUCCUACCGGUGAUGAAGCACGAAAAAUUGAUGGAUUUUUGGAGUACGCUGGACAGCUUUCUAUACACGAUCCGCCGGACAUAUUUGGCAUGCACGAGAAUGCGAACAUAAUUUUCAAUCGGAACGAAACAUACUUCUUCCUCAACACAUUGCUCGAAAGUCAAUCUGGUGGGGACAGUAUGGGCGAGGAAGCUGUAGCCGCCAUGGAUAAGAUGUGUUUGGAGAAAAUUGAAUCGAUUCGUAAGGUGUUGGCCUCAAGCAUCGGUUACGACGAGCUGCAUCCAAGUUUGUUGCAACGUGACGCAAAAAAUCGCAUCCCUUCGUUGACGACCGUGCUGCUGCAAGAGGUGGACCGGUUCAAUCGGCUCUUGUCCGUACUUCACGGUAGCUUGCGCGAUCUGGAAAAAGCCAUACAGGGGUUUGUGGUGAUGUCGGAGAGCUUGGAAACGAUUUAUCGGGCAUUUGGCAACAAUCAGGUACCGCAAGCCUGGCAUUCGAAGGGAUACCUUUCGACAAAGACGCUAGCCAGCUGGGUGACGGAUUUGCAGCAUCGGAUCGAGUACGUUCGGAACUGGUGUAUGGAGGGGUUACCUAUCUCUUCUUGGGUUUGUGGUCUGUUUUUCCCACAAUCUUUUCUCACCGGAACGCUACAGACGUACGCUCGCAAGCAUAACAUUCCUAUCGACACGUUGCGCUUUGAUUUCGAAAUAAUGAGCGUUACGUUACAUCAGGCUGCGAUUUACGAGGAACGUUCGAAAAAGGAAGUGAAUCAAUUGUUUCAAAAUCUGAACUCUCCCAGUGACGGUAUUUUCAUUCACGGACUGUUCAUUGAGGCCGGUCGCUGGGACCCGGCAGAGGGAGGUCUCUGUGAUGCUAGGCAUCGGGAGUUAAUUGCACAUUUGCCCGUCGUGUGGCUUAAACCUUGCACGGAUCUUGCGGUGGGUCAACGCUACGAAGCCCCAUUGUACAAAACGAGCGUACGGGCGGGUGUACUGUCAACGACUGGCCAGUCAACUAAUUUCGUACUAUCUGUGUUGCUCGAUUCGGAGCUGCCGCCCGAUUACUGGAUUUUACGGGGAACUGCUCUCGUCACAUUAAUAACGGAUUAA